AUGCACACCCAUAACCUCCUCAUCUUCACCCCCACCUUCGCCCUCUACAUAACCGCACACCUCCUCGCUCCCCGAAACCAAAUACACCAACUCAACGCCCUCCCAUCCCCAUCUCCCACUCCACCACCGACAAUCGAGUUGAAAUCCAACCUCUCCUGUCUCCUCCUCGGCGAAGCCCUCGCCAUCUGCGGCUCCCUCACGCCCUCCUUCGCUACCCUUGACGCCACCGUCCAAGCGAAAUGUCUUUGUUACUCGAGUACGGUUUGGCGGCCGGAUCUAUUUGAUGGGGCUGUGGGCGGUUGUGCGGAUUUUGCUAGUAGGAGUGCAACAAGUGCGUAUGGAGCGUUGAAGGGGAUUGAGGGGUUCUGUGGGGGUGUGGGGGAUGUUGAACGGGUUGGAGGGAUGGGAGGGAUGGGUGUGGAUGGGAUGGUUGGAGGUAGUGUGGGUGGUGGGUCUGUUGGAGGUAUGACUAUGAGCGUCGUUGUGGGAGGAAAUGCAGGAUGCAGCCAGGUUCAAAGCAUAAUGGCUGCUUGCAGUCAACUCACGCCCGGAUUUGGAGGAAUGAACGACAGAGCCAGAGCGAAGUGUCUAUGCUAUCCGAAUUCUGGCACAUGGGCACCUACCAUCUUCGAUAAUGCACUUAGCACUUGCAAUGCAUUUGCUAAAACGGCCGAGCCUACGCUAUUUUCAAGUCUGGCCGACAUGCAAGGAUUUUGUUCCAGCGUUGGAAAUUUCGCUGUAGCCUCCACCACCAUGGCAAGUCUUCCGCCGGUUGUGACGGAGAUCUCAGUCCUCCCUCUUCCAGCGCCGAUAUCUUCACUAGAUCUUUCUGUCACGGCAACAAACCCGCCAACCACACCCUCCCCAGAAAUCCAACCCUCUUCCACCUCACCCUCAGAUCUCCCAACACCCAAUCACGGCAUGCAAACUUCCUCCCCACUACCAGUUAUCGUUCCAACUGGCCACGCGAGCCGACCAAAACCAUACGUAUCUGCGACGAAAUGGGAGGUCAUCAUGAUUAGUGCUGUUUGUGCUGGUGUGGUGCUUUUUUUAUGGUAG